UGCCAUUGGCGCCUCCGCGGCUUUUCCGUCCGCUAAUCCCUGUGUCCUCGUAGCGUUCAAUUCUUGGUCAAACGAGGUUACGACGAUCCAUGCAUCUCUAGAGUUCGUAUUCCAUCAUACAUAUGUGCCAUGCGCGCCACCAACCCCUCGGUCCUGUUUAUCCUGCGCAAUUGACGACGAAGUCCCAAAAGACCCCGACCGAUAUGAGAACAUCCUACAUGGUCGCAUAUAUUAUCCCCACCAAUGCGCUUCCCGGUCUUAUGAGCCCAACGUUUCUCCAUCUCCAGGGUGUGGGUAGUAGCCGAUAGGUAGCACAAACCCAGAGCACCUUUCAAGGCCGGGUUGAACAACACAACAAUGGUGGACCUCAAUGAAGCCAGGCUCCCGACUUCGGCCUUUGAGAGCCCGACGUUCGGCGAGGAUAGCUCGUUUCAUGUGGAGCAACCUGUCGGUUCCAUGUCAAUAUCACCAUGUGGACGGGAUGUGGUAUUGGCGUCCAAGGAGGGACUGCACAUCAUCGAUCUGGAUUCGCCGUAUUCUCCACCUCGGUAUCUUCCACAUCACACCCCAUGGGAAGUAGCAGAUGUCCAGUGGUCUCCGUUCUCUAUCCGAGACUAUUGGGUCGUCAGUACGUCGAACCAGAAGGCAUUGGUUUGGAACCUGGCUAUGCAAUCUUCGCAGAACUCCAUUGAACAUGUCUUACACGCCCACACCCGAGCCAUAACCGAUAUCAACUUUUCUGCCCAUCACGCAGACAUGCUAGCCACCUGUGCCGUAGACAGCUUCGUCCACUGUUGGGAUUUGCGGACGCCUUCACGUCCGGCCAUUUCAUUUUCCGACUGGCUUGCUGGAGCUACUCAGGUUAAGUGGAACCGACAGGACCCGCACGUCAUUGCCAGCUCCCACGAUAAGUUCUUGCGUAUUUGGGACAAGCGGAUGGGUGCGUAUCCUAUCAAGUCUAUCGAAGCGCACAGCACUAAGAUCUACGGCGUGGAUUGGAACCGGGUCCGCCCCGGAGCUCUUGUGACGUGCUCUCUGGAUAAAACAAUCAAGUUCUGGGAUUAUACGGUGAACACAGAGGUGCCGGAAAAGGUGAUUAAGACACCGUUUCCAGUGUGGCGGGCGAGGAAUACUCCUUUUGGAUGGGGCGUCUUGGCCAUGCCGCAGAGAGGCAACAGCGACCUUCAUUUGUAUAGUCGCAGAGCUGGGGAUGGCGCUGCCCCCACUGAGGAUCUUCCUCUUGUGCAUAGCUUUCCAGGGCAUAAAGGCCAAGUCAAGGAGUUUCUGUGGCGAGCGCGCGGAGGAGUGACGGAUGGUGUCGACAACAGAGAGUUCCAGCUAGUGUCUUGGGGCACGGAUCGAGAGCUUCGCUUGCACAGAGCAGACCAGGAUGUCCUAGAAAGGGUUGGUUUCGAGAAAGGCAAGUCGUUUGGUACAAAUCUGCAUCUCUCACGCCAGGGUGCCCUGUACAGGUCUUUCCGGGAUAUCAGUUAUGAGCAAGAGGAUGAAGAUACGGAGGUGUUGUCGCCCACCACUCGGCAAAGCGCUACGCCACAGACAAUUGGCAUGCAGGGAAGAACAAAUGUUCGCAACGAAACCAAUCCUAUCGCAUGGAUGCGGGGAAUCACUCACGUUGGAGAGAAGUUUACCAAGGUUGCUUUCGAAUCGGUUGACGUCAGGCAACGAAAGGCCACCAUCUCUCUCCAUGGACCAUGGGCCGCAGAUGGUGACUCUCUCUUCCUGAAAGUUGACAUCAAGUUCCCCGUUGAUUACCCUCGGGCGAUCGUACCGACGUUCAGCCUCGCCGACAAAAUCCUAGCGGAACUUCGCACAAUCGCCGAAACUUACCUUGCCCAAAAAAGAGGGUGCCUUGAAGGAGUUGAAAGCAUAGCAUGGAUCCUUGGGGAAACGGCAGAAACGAUCAAAUCCCCCGUCAAUGGACACCUGGGCGGCGAAGAGUCUAGCGACGAAGACGAAGUCGGGCUGUCCCAAAGCCAAGACCUGGGCAUGAGCUCCGAAUUGCUUCGUCCAGUAAAUGCCAACGUGAUGGUCCCUGUGGCCAAGGGAUGCGGCGCGCUUUGGGCCAAUGACGGCCGCCUGGUGUGCUUCUUCCCUUCGAAGAAGGACAAAUCGAAUUGGCUCUCACGAGCAGACAAAGUCUUCGAAGGAUUUGGCCGAUUACGAACAAGUUCACCCGGCCCCCCUCGGACGUCCAUCACGAUGGCAAGCACAGACGAUGGCGCUUCGGAAUAUUCAGAUGACUCGGACGCCGAGACUUCAAGCUCUUCCGGGUCUUCCGGUAUAUUAUCGGGCCUGCAGCAUCGAUUUACGACACCUCAGACCUGGCGAAGUGGUGGCAGCCUCGGAAUUUACCGUCCGCGCUCCACGGACAACUCCCAGCGAUCAACUGUUGGUGCAAUGACUGCAAAGUCGUCCGAGGGUUCUCAGAAUGUGAUCUCCAUCCACGACUUCAGCGAUCUGCUGCCGGCGAAACGAGAACUCGCCAGUGAAUAUCGCAUCUGCGGGAAGGUCACCGACGUAUGUGCCCAUAACGCAGCGGUGGCCCUGGAUCAUGGUCACCACGAGCUGGCUCGGAUCUGGGGACUUGUCAGGCUCAUCCUGCACAACUGUAAAACCUCGAUGAUGUCGUACGAGUUGGAUCGCCUGGAGAGACCACAUAUACAGCGCAAGGAUAGCGCUGUAGAUUUGACAUACGACACAGGGAGUCAACGAUCUAAAGAAUCCGCAAGCUCGGUAAUCCAAUGGGGUGAUCAUCCAUUUGGCGGUCAUUGGCUUAUCCCUGCGCUCUUUGAGCACUUCGAGCAAAUUGGCGACGUGCAGAUGAUUGCAAUGCUGUCUUGUGUUUUGUAUGAGCCAAGCAUCGAAGAGGCCUCGUCAAGAGAACAACUCUUUCACCACAGGACGGCAUCCAGACGGAUGGAAGAGCACUCUUUUUCGUUUGAUCUGUAUUCCCCCAACUCGAUCAUGCAGAACAAACCACAGGUGGCCACGCCGACGGCCUUUACACAAAAGGACAGCCAUCCUACACCCAUUACACAUAGCUCUGGGCGAUCGUCCUCCGAAGUGUUGCGCGCAGACUCGGAACCUCCAUUUUCCACCGGCACAACUCCUCCUAUAGCUACCCGUACUGGGCCUUUGGCGGCAGAAAGGAAACACUGGGGUCAAAACAUAUCGAUGGCCGCCUCCCCUGACCAGCAAUCCCAACCACGCAGUGCGUCUGGGCUUGGUUCGGCUCUGGCUUCUUCCCUCUCUCGAUCCCUGACGUUUGGGCCAUCGUCAGCCUCUCCUCCGGCGACCGCUAUAUCCAGGAAGAGUCUCAACGCUAGCGGCAGCCCUAAUGCAAUCGGGGGUCCAGGCGUGUGGGUAACGAGCGCCUUUGCUGCAAAACCCGCCACAGCAAUCCCCGACUAUUUGACAACCUCUACCGCACUCACAUCACAGACCCAUUCCGAUACAGAGAGCGAAAGACGCGCUCCAUCCAAAGCGCCUGCAAAGGUUCGAGCGGUGUUGAAAAACCAAGCUGCCUUUAAAAGUACUGGACGAACGCAGAACUCUUUCCUUGACCCGAAGAAAGAUUGGAUGUAUCGAUCGUAUCGUGCAGCAUACGCCCAUCUGCUCUCAAUAUGGGGGUUGCCAGUGCAACGCAGCGAGGUUCUCAAAAUCGGUGGCACCCCAAAGCCCUCUACUAAAGACAUUACCCACCGCCGCCGCAAAAGCCACCACGAUUCGUUCUCCCUCCCCGUCUCCAGGCGCAGGAGUUCCCUCGCAGUAGCCACCGAAACAGACAACCAGGGCCUCGAGAUCCAGCGCCAUUGCAUCGGCUGCGGCCAACCGCUCCAACUCUCCAUCUUCGCCAUGAAGACUCUCACGGAAGCGGCACCCAGAAGCCACCUGAAAGGCUUCACCCCACCCCCCUCACAUGCCCCAACUGCAACCCCAAACACCCUCUCCCCCUCAAACUCCCCUGUGUCAUCUGCGGCGAACUGCUUCGACUGCCACCGAGGCUGGUUCUCAAUGGCAUCCUCCGACCCCCAGCACCACCGCCACAACAUGCAAGCCAGCGAGCAAGAAGAGCACCAAUUCUGCCCCACCGGCUGCGGCUGCAAAUGCUCAGAUUACAUAGACACCGACGCCGACACCGACAUCCCCACCACCCUCUCCCUCCCCCGACACCAUCGCAACAAACCAUCCGACGGUUCCGGCUCCGGCUCCUCCAAACACGGCGCCGCCGACCCCUCCGCCGCUGCCAGCGUCGGUCAGCAUGAAGAAGACCUCGACGGCUGGCAAAACGCCUCGCCCUUUGCCUCCCUCGCCCGGGGUCUGGGAGGCGGUCUCAGUAGAGGUCUGCGUGUCAAGGACGUCGAGAGGAAAAAGUCUAAGAAUACUCCCGCUGCGCCGUUCGUCCCGAAACGGUCCUCUAUGAAUCAGGUCGAGAGUAGAUGA